CUGGCAACACUAACUGGCUGGCUGGCAAUAAAGCUGGCUCACUAAAAUAAAAAAUACCGAACCGAGAAGACGGCGUCCGUGCGUCGCUGCUCUAAGAAUUUUGUGAAGCCUCCAAAUAGCCCGUCGGCCGAAAAACAGUAAACAGAGACGAGUUUAAGAUAAAAAGAUACAUAGAUAUAUAAAUAUAUAUACUGAGGUUAAAGAAGAAGAGUUUAAAAGAGAGAGACAGAGAGUGAAACCGCCAAAAUGUCGGAAGAAGUCGAUCGCAACGAUCCCGAGCUCAAGUACCUAUCGGUGGAGCGCAACCAGUUCAACGAUCCGGCCACACAGGCCGAAUGGACACAGAAGCGUCUGGUGUGGGUGCCCCACGAGAACCAGGGCUUUGUGGCAGCCAGUAUUAAGCGGGAGCAUGGCGAUGAGGUCGAGGUGGAACUGGCCGAGACCGGAAAACGGGUGAUGAUCCUCCGCGAUGACAUACAGAAGAUGAAUCCGCCAAAGUUCGACAAAGUCGAGGACAUGGCCGAGCUGACGUGCCUCAACGAGGCCUCCGUGCUGCACAACAUCAAAGACAGAUACUAUUCUGGCUUGAUCUAUACAUAUUCCGGCCUCUUCUGCGUGGUGGUCAAUCCCUACAAGAAGCUGCCCAUCUACACCGAGAAGAUCAUGGAGCGGUACAAGGGCAUAAAGCGUCACGAAGUGCCACCGCAUGUCUUUGCAAUAACGGAUAGUGCCUAUAGGAACAUGUUGGGUGAUCGCGAAGACCAAUCGAUUCUGUGUACUGGCGAAUCGGGUGCUGGCAAGACCGAGAACACCAAGAAGGUCAUCCAAUUUCUGGCCUAUGUGGCAGCCUCCAAGCCCAAGGGCUCCGGUGCGGUGCCGAAUCCCGCCGUGCUCAUUAGUAGUCACCAAGAGACAUUUGCGGGCGAGCUGGAGCAACAGCUGCUGCAGGCGAACCCCAUCCUGGAAGCCUUUGGCAAUGCCAAGACCGUCAAGAACGACAACUCGUCCCGUUUCGGCAAGUUCAUCCGCAUCAACUUUGAUGCUUCGGGCUUCAUCUCGGGGGCCAACAUCGAGACCUACCUGCUGGAGAAGUCGCGUGCCAUUCGUCAAGCGAAGGACGAACGAACAUUCCAUAUCUUCUAUCAGCUGCUGGCCGGAGCCUCGCCGGAGCAGCGCGAGAAGUUCAUCCUGGACGACGUGAAGUCGUAUGCAUUCCUGUCCAACGGCAGCCUGCCCGUGCCCGGCGUCGAUGACUAUGCCGAGUUCCAGGCCACGGUUAAGUCGAUGAACAUCAUGGGCAUGACCUCCGAGGACUUCAACUCCAUAUUCCGCAUCGUCAGUGCCGUUCUGCUCUUCGGCAGCAUGAAGUUCCGGCAGGAGCGCAACAACGACCAGGCCACGUUGCCGGAUAACACGGUCGCCCAGAAGAUCGCCCAUCUGCUGGGACUGAGCGUCACCGACAUGACCCGCGCCUUCCUCACGCCCCGCAUCAAGGUCGGACGCGACUUCGUGACCAAGGCCCAGACCAAGGAGCAGGUCGAGUUCGCCGUGGAGGCCAUUGCCAAGGCGUGCUACGAGCGCAUGUUCAAAUGGCUGGUGAACCGCAUCAACCGCUCCCUAGACCGCACCAAGCGCCAAGGGGCCUCCUUCAUCGGCAUCCUGGAUAUGGCUGGUUUCGAGAUCUUCGAGCUGAACUCCUUCGAGCAGCUGUGCAUCAACUACACCAACGAGAAGCUGCAGCAGCUCUUCAACCACACCAUGUUCAUCCUGGAGCAGGAGGAGUACCAGCGCGAGGGCAUCGAGUGGAAGUUCAUUGACUUCGGACUGGAUCUGCAGCCCACCAUCGACCUGAUUGACAAGCCAGGUGGCAUCAUGGCCCUGCUGGACGAGGAGUGCUGGUUCCCCAAGGCCACCGACAAGACCUUCGUCGACAAGCUCGUCUCCGCCCACUCCAUGCACCCGAAGUUCAUGAAGACCGACUUCCGGGGCGUGGCCGACUUCGCCAUCGUGCACUACGCCGGCCGGGUGGACUACUCCGCGGCCAAGUGGCUGAUGAAGAACAUGGAUCCGUUGAACGAGAACAUUGUGUCGCUGCUGCAGGGAUCGCAGGAUCCGUUCGUGGUGAACAUCUGGAAGGAUGCGGAGAUCGUCGGCAUGGCGCAGCAGGCCCUGACCGAUACCCAGUUCGGGGCCCGCACCCGCAAGGGCAUGUUCCGCACCGUGUCGCACCUGUACAAGGAGCAGUUGGCCAAGCUGAUGGACACGUUGCGCAACACGAACCCGAACUUUGUGCGCUGCAUCAUACCGAACCACGAGAAGCGCGCCGGCAAGAUCGAUGCCCCGCUGGUGCUUGACCAGCUGCGCUGCAACGGCGUCCUCGAGGGCAUUCGCAUCUGCCGUCAGGGCUUCCCCAACCGCAUACCCUUCCAGGAGUUCCGCCAGCGCUACGAGCUGCUCACACCCAACGUCAUUCCGAAGGGCUUCAUGGACGGCAAGAAGGCCUGCGAGAAGAUGAUCCAGGCGCUGGAGCUCGACUCGAAUCUGUAUCGGGUGGGCCAGUCGAAGAUCUUCUUCCGCGCCGGCGUUCUCGCCCAUCUAGAGGAGGAGCGCGACUUCAAGAUCUCCGACCUGAUCGUCAACUUCCAGGCCUUCUGCCGUGGCUUCCUCGCAAGGAGGAACUACCAGAAGCGACUCCAGCAGCUCAACGCCAUCCGUAUCAUUCAGCGCAACUGCGCUGCCUACCUCAAGCUGCGCAACUGGCAGUGGUGGCGCCUCUACACGAAGGUGAAGCCGCUGCUGGAGGUCACCAAGCAGGAGGAGAAGCUCGUCCAGAAGGAGGACGAGCUGAAGCAGGUGCGCGAGAAACUGGACACCCUGGCCAAGAAUACCCAGGAGUACGAGAAAAAGUACCAGCAGGCUCUGGUGGAGAAGACCACUCUGGCGGAGCAGCUGCAGGCCGAGAUCGAGCUGUGCGCGGAGGCUGAGGAGUCGCGCUCCCGGCUGAUGGCCCGCAAGCAGGAGCUGGAGGACAUGAUGCAGGAGCUCGAGACCCGUAUCGAGGAGGAGGAGGAACGAGUAUUAGCCCUGGGUGGCGAGAAGAAGAAGCUGGAACUGCACAUCCAGGACCUCGAAGAGCAGCUGGAGGAGGAGGAGGCCGCCCGCCAGAAGCUGCAGCUGGAGAAGGUGCAGCUGGACGCCAAGAUCAAAAAGCACGAGGAGGACCUGGCCCUCACCGACGAUCAGAACCAGAAGCUGAUCAAGGAGAAGAAGCUGCUGGAGGAGCGGGCCAACGACCUCUCCCAGACCCUCGCGGAGGAAGAGGAGAAGGCCAAGCACCUGGCCAAACUGAAGGCCAAGCACGAGGCCACCAUUGCCGAGCUCGAGGAACGAAUGCACAAGGACCAGCAGCAGCGCCAGGAGUCGGAUCGCACCAAGCGCAAGAUCGAAACCGAGGUGGCUGACCUCAAGGAGCAGCUCAACGAACGCCGCGUCCAAGUGGAGGAGAUGCAGGCCCAGCUGGCUAAGCGCGAGGAGGAGCUCACCCAGACUCUUAUGCGCAUCGACGAGGAGUCCGCCACCAAGGCCACCGCCCAGAAGGCGCAGCGAGAACUGGAGUCCCAGCUGGCCGAGAUCCAGGAGGAUCUGGAAGCCGAAAAGGCGGCCCGCGCCAAGGCCGAGAAGGUGCGUCGUGAUCUCAGCGAAGAGCUCGAGGCGCUCAAGAACGAGCUGCUCGAUUCCCUGGACACCACAGCCGCCCAGCAGGAGUUGCGCUCCAAGCGCGAGCAGGAACUGGCCACUCUCAAGAAGUCUCUGGAGGAGGAGACUGUAAACCACGAGGGCGUUCUGGCCGAGAUGCGGCACAAGCACUCGCAGGAGCUCAAUGGCAUCAACGAUCAGCUGGAGAACCUGCGCAAGGCCAAGGCGGUGCUGGAGAAGGCCAAGGGCACCUUGGAGGCGGAAAACGCCGACCUUGCCACCGAGCUCCGCAGCGUCAACAGUUCUCGGCAGGAGAACGAUCGUCGACGCAAGCAGGCCGAGUCCCAGAUCGCAGAACUCCAGGUUAAGCUGGCCGAGAUCGAGCGCGCCCGUUCGGAACUGCAAGAAAAGUGCACCAAGCUCCAGCAGGAGGCUGAGAAUAUCACCAACCAGCUGGAGGAGGCUGAGCUGAAGGCCUCCGCGGCCGUCAAGUCGGCCAGCAACAUGGAGUCGCAGCUUACCGAGGCACAGCAACUACUCGAGGAGGAAACCCGCCAGAAACUGGGCCUUAGCUCCAAGCUGCGCCAGAUUGAGUCCGAAAAGGAGGCCCUGCAGGAGCAGCUGGAGGAGGACGAGGAAGCCAAGCGUAACUUUGAGCGCAAGCUGGCGGAAGUCACGGCCCAGAUGCAGGAGAUCAAGAAGAAGGCUGAGGAGGACGCCGAUCUGGCCAAGGAGCUGGAAGAGGGCAAGAAGCGCCUCAACAAGGACAUCGAAGCGCUGGAGCGACAGGUCAAGGAGCUGAUGGCCCAGAACGAUCGCCUGGACAAGAGCAAAAAGAAGAUUCAGUCGGAGUUGGAGGAUGCUACCAUUGAACUGGAGGCACAACGCACAAAGGUGCUCGAACUGGAGAAGAAGCAGAAGAACUUCGACAAGAUUCUCGCCGAAGAGAAAGCCAUAUCAGAGCAGAUUGCCCAGGAACGCGACACGGCGGAGCGGGAAGCACGUGAAAAGGAGACCAAGGUGCUGUCGGUGUCCCGCGAGUUGGACGAGGCCUACGACAAGAUCGAGGACUUGGAGAACAAGCGCAAGCAGUUGCAGAACGAGCUGGACGACCUGGCGAACACCCAGGGCACCGCCGACAAGAACGUCCACGAGCUGGAGAAGGCAAAGCGAGCUCUGGAAUCGCAGCUGGCCGAGCUGAAGGCCCAGAACGAGGAGCUGGAGGAUGAUCUGCAGCUGACGGAGGAUGCCAAGCUCAGACUGGAGGUCAACAUGCAGGCGUUACGCUCCCAGUUCGAACGUGACCUGCAGGCGAAGGAGGAGGGCGCUGAGGAGAAGCGACGUGGCUUGGUAAAGCAGCUGCGCGACCUCGAAGCCGAGCUGGACGAGGAGCGGAAACAGCGAACGGCGGCCGUGGCUGCCAAGAAGAAGCUGGAGGGCGACCUCAAGGAGAUUGAGACGACCAUGGAGAUGCACAACAAGGUGAAGGAGGACGCCCUGAAGCACGCCAAGAAGCUGCAAGCACAAGUCAAGGAUGCGCUUCGCGACGCCGAGGAGGCCAAGGCCGCCAAGGAGGAGCUGCAGGCACAGAGCAAGGAGGCCGAGCGCAAGGUAAAGGCCCUGGAGGCUGAGGUACUCCAGCUGACCGAGGACUUGGCUAGCUCGGAGCGGGCCCGACGUGCCGCCGAAACGGAACGCGACGAACUGGCCGAGGAGAUUGCCAAUAACGCCAACAAGGGCUCCCUCAUGAUCGAUGAGAAGCGCCGCCUUGAGGCCCGCAUCGCCACCCUCGAGGAGGAGCUGGAGGAAGAGCAGUCCAACUCGGAGGUGCUGCUCGACCGCAGUCGAAAGGCCCAGCUGCAGAUUGAACAGCUCACCACCGAACUGGCCAACGAAAAGUCCAACUCGCAGAAGAACGAGAACGGCCGGGCCCUGCUGGAGCGGCAGAACAAGGAGCUGAAGGCGAAGCUGGCCGAGAUCGAGACGGCGCAGCGCACCAAGGUGAAGGCCACCAUUGCCACCCUCGAGGCCAAGAUUGCCAAUCUGGAGGAGCAGCUGGAGAACGAGGGCAAGGAGCGUCUGGUGCAGCAGAAGGCCAACCGCAAGAUGGACAAGAAGAUCAAGGAGUUGACGAUGAACAUCGAGGACGAGCGGAGGCAUGUCGACCAGCACAAGGAGCAGAUGGAUAAGCUGAAUAGCCGCAUCAAGCUGCUCAAGCGGAACCUGGACGAGACCGAGGAGGAGCUGCAGAAGGAGAAGACUCAGAAGCGCAAGUACCAGCGCGAGUGCGAGGAUAUGAUUGAAUCCCAGGAAGCCAUGAACCGAGAGAUCAACUCUCUGAAAACGAAACUCCGACGCACCGGCGGCAUGGGCCUCAGCUCCAGCCGGCUUACGGGCACACCCUCAUCGAAGCGGACCGGCGGAGGAGGCGGCGGCGGUGGCGGCGACGACAGCUCCUCGGUGCAGGAUGAAUCACUAGACGGCGAGGAUUCGGGCAAUUGACGCGUUGAUUACCAGAUGAGAGAGGAGAUGGAAAUAGAGACGCGGCGGAAGAGGAGCGAAAUAAAUGAUUAUAUUUAAUGUUUCUUUUAUAUAAUUUCCCUGUUAUUUUUUAUAUAAACUAUUAUACAUACUUAAAUUAAAACGUAAAACAAAAAUUUUUAUAACGAGAAAGUAAACAUAAACAAAAACAAAAAAAAACAAAUAAUGUUGUAAAACACACCACUCCCUUCCACUUUAUAUAAAAAAACAUAAAAAAAAAAAAGAAACACAAAGGGACCUUCCCUUCCUCGAUAUUGGCCGGAGAUUCAUUGUAGAUCUGAGCCAAUAUAACAAUAAAUGUAGAUCUUUGCCACAAAAAACAUGAAACGGAGAAACGAACUUUGCAACACCACAAAGCAUACAAUCAUUGUAGGGAGGACACUCAUUUCCAUUUCCAAGUUUUAAUUGCCUAAUAUAGACCCAUAGUACAUACUCGAUGCAACGUGUAAUCCAUGCAUUUAACAACUAAAACGGUUUUCAAUCGGAUAACAGAUCAGAUCAGAUCAGAGAAUCAAAUGUUGAACCACGCAACUAAUAUACGAAUUUCGUUUUUGUUUACAACUAAACAAUAAAAUAUUUACUAUAUCAA